GGCUCUCUUGUUUCUCCGUUUCGGGAAAAAAUUACGACACUCUUAAGCGAGCUCCGUUCGGGACUCAGUCGCUCUCGCGCCUCGCUAGCAUGUCGACGCAUCUCGAAGCACGACCAUAGUUCCAGCAUUGUGCUUGAAUUGUCUUAGUUUUCGAAAUACUUCGUCUUUUCAGAGAAAAAUGGCUAUCAAAAAUCUAAUUGUUUUUACCUGUUGGUGGUCGUUGACGACCGUGUUCCAGGUGAUGGCUAACGAGAAUCUAGAACCACUACCGGUGAUUGUUACUCCGAUUCAUUACCGAUUAACAUUGUUACCCGUCCUGGAAGACAAUCCUCGUUUGUGCGGUCACGUUUGGAUCGAUGUGAAAGCUCGUGCUGAAACGAAUUUGAUUGUUCUUCACGCGUCGGACCUGACCAUCAUCAAAGCGAUUGUGUUGCCGGUGUCAUCGGACGCGAGUGAAAGAGGAAAUCAAUUUAAAUCCGAAGAUGGAUUAAUGGUGGAGAAUUUCUGCUUCGCUACCGCUGUUUAUCACGAUACGAACGCAGACGACAGCAACAUUGCUCUCGAUCAUCACGCGGACGGCCAGAAGCAGUUGAGUAGCAUUCUCUUAAGAGAAGUGUUGAAAAAGGGAGCCUAUUAUCGCAUUGGAUUGUUGUAUACCGGCAACAUCUAUGAGGCUAAUAAAGGAUUCUUCCGCGCUACCUACGAAGUUGGCAAUAAAUCCGAUUGCUGCAAGAGGACGAUUGCGGCCACACAAUUAGAAGCCAUUCACGCUCGCAGGUUAUUCCCUUGCAUAGACGAGCCGGCACAGAAAGCCACUUUUCAGCUAAUGGUUGGACAUCAUUUUACUCUAAAAGCCAUCAACAAUAUGCCGCUGAAAUCUUCUACACGCAUGUCUACCGUUGACAAUUGGGUUUGGGAUACAUUUGACACGACUCCCGUAAUGUCCACCUACCUGCUUGCGUGCGUGUUAACCGAAUUCAACCAUGUGGAAACAACUUAUCAUUCAAUUAGUGGAAAGGACGUCGCCGUGCGACUGUGGACGCAUCAGCACCGUCUCGGCCAUUUGGAUUUUGCCCUCAACUUGAUACCCAAGGCGUUGAAUAAAUUAGAGAAUUACCUGGGUGUCCCAUAUUCGUUACCCAAACUGGACGUGGUUGCCUUACCUGGAUACGAAGAAGGCAAAGCAAUGGAAAAUUGGGGACUCAUAAUUCAUAGCGAAAUGAAUCUACUGGUCGACGAGACGACCGAUGAUAUAGACAAGUCUAUAGUUGGUGCUACCAUCGUUCAUGAAUUAGCUCAUCAGUGGUUCGGCAACCUCGUUAGCUCCACGUCAUGGGAUGAUAUUUGGACGAACGAAGGACUCACGACCCUGUUCGAAUCAGCUAUUCUGGAACAGGUUGCGUCCGAUUUGGAAUACGAAACAGUGAUGCUCGUUUUCCUCCAAGAGGUCAUGAGGAGUGACUUGUUAAGCACUCAAUUCGCUUUGAGUGCUCCGGCUAGCCGUUAUCCUAGUGUCGAUGAGAAAUUCGACGUCAUCGCUUAUGCGAAAGGUGCUGCGAUUUUUCGUAUGGCUAGGAGCUUUGUUGGCGAAGAGGCGUUCCAGUCUGCCAUCCGCAGAUAUCUUAACAAAUACCAAUAUGCAAGUGCAAAUAGCACAGAUCUGUGGAACCUCAUCAAUCAAGAAGCCCGUCGAACGCAUACCAUUUCUGGGCGGAUGAACGUUGCCCGAAUAAUGAAAACAUGGACACAACAGCCGGGCUAUCCUCUCAUUCACGUUCACCGCAGCAAAAACGGAAUCAUGCACAUCAGCCAGAGGCCAUUCAAAAACUCGGAUUCGCCCCCAAAGGAAAACGCCACAAUGGCCGUUUCAGUGUCGUGGUGGGUCCCCAUUUCAAUGACCAACGGAGAAGAUUUAAAGUUUUCACCAAAGGAUAGACUUCCCGUUGCCUGGUUAUCACCUAGGAAGCCUUCGAUGGAGUUGCAAGGCACGAUAGGCAACAACACUUGGGUGUUGGUGAACCCGCAAGUUGGCAACUACUAUCGUGUCAACUACGAUCGCCGUAAUUGGGACCUUCUCGCUGAACAAUUGAUGCGCAACCACACGGUCAUUCCGUUUGUCACACGAUCACAACUCGUCGACGAUGCUUUCGUGAUGGGACACGCCAAAAUUAUUUCGUACGACGUAGCACUUGAAUUAAUUCGUUAUCUAUCGCAUACGAACGACGACGUGCUAAUCCGGAGAAUGGCCCAAAGUCAUAUUCAAUUUUUGGAAGGUAUAGCUGCGAACAGCAUACAAAAUCCCGACAAAAAGAAAAUGAUUAAGAAUAUGUCAUCGUUUAUCACACGAGAGCGAAAAUCACGAAUGGCAAAAAUGUCGGCAGGUGAUCCAGGCCGUGGCGAUUGCGAUUCCGGAGAUCACCAGUGCGUGAAUAAAGCGCUCCUACUUUUCCGUGAUUUCAUUGAUGGAACUAUCCAACCACGCGAUGACAGAUCCGCCAACACUGAUUCUGUGUGGUGUGCAGCCGUCCGCCACGGAAGCCAGCCGGAAUGGAACUUUGCGUGGAACACCACCACUUCGUACGGUGAUCAAAUGUUACCUGAAACGAGGAAGAUGCUCAAAGCGAUGUGCUGUACAACUGAUUCAAUCCACGCCAAACAAUUGUUAACAAGAGUUUUACAUCCAAACAUUAAACAAGGACCCAAAGAGACGUUGAUGAUAAUGCAGCGAUUGGUUAAAAAUCCGUCCGUCCGUCAAGUUGCUGUCACAUUCAUUUUAUCCAAUUGGGAUUUCCUCGACAAAUAUUUCAAAAAUCCAUACGUGAUGUCUGAAUUGCUGACUGCUAUGGCCAAGCAUUCGUAUUCGAUCGAGGAGCUGGAGAAGGUGAAAGCUUUUGUUGUAAAUCAUUCAAAGGAGCUGACAUCAGGAGGUGUCAGUCGUAUUAUGGCUGCGAUAAACAACAAUAUGGAAUGGCUGGAACUCGCCACGGAUGACCCACGAGCAAUUGUUGAAUACUGAAAAUUAAGAAACGAAAGAAACUAAAUCUGUGUUUAAACAACAGAUAUAUGCCAAUUUCUUCGUAAUAUUGUAUCCGGAGCGCAGUGGCCUUGUAACUAAAUGCGUAAUUUUGUACAGAUUAUAAGGUAACCCAGUGUUGUGGAAACCACAUAAUGUAUUGUUCCUCGCUAAUCGGUGUAUGCACUGUGUAAGUUUAAUCGAAGGUGAAUAUCUAUUACCAGCUCAUUUUAAGGUACGUAAGUAAACCUCCAAAAACCGCAUUAAGAAAUACACCG